CGGUCCUCCUAUUGACUACCUCUGGUUUACUGUGUGUCAAUUUUUUAGAUGAAGUCUUUAAAGCAAAGGUCCUGUCUGAUGUGCAUUGACAUGAAGGGCUACUCUUUCCAUAUGCAGAAAAUUUGAGUGCUAUUGCUUGCUGUUCCUCAGCGCCCCCAUCUUGCCCAGUGAGGGAAAGUGUAGUACAGGGAUUCGAUCUGUAAAAUGCAAAGAGAAAGUUAUGGAUGCUUUUCUAAAAAUCUUUCAGGUGACAGCAUGUUUUGGAAAUAUUCCCGAAGGCUGCUCACUAAGCCUUUAGCGGGAGAUACAUAUUCAUCCUUGGAGUUUGCUCUGUCAGCCUGUAUUUUAAAAGCAGAUUGCUCUGGAGUCACCUACUGGGGAAAGCGUUACAUACCAGUCACUGGUAAAGAACUGAUCUUCAGCAAAAACAGACAGGACGCUGUGUACCUGAGGAGUGCUUGCAGCAAAGGACAUUAUGGUGCCUAUUGUCAAAAGAAAUGCCCCACCUGUCUCAAUCAUACCGUGUGCAAUAGACUCACAGGGCUGUGUGAUGGUACAGUGACAUGUCAAGAAAGGAAGAAAUUAGAACUCUGUGAAUACCGCCUUACAAGCAAGUUCUGUUUUGCCUCUUGGAAGUACUGGAAUGGAAAUUGUUACUAUGUUCCUCCAUAUGGGGUACUGAAUAAGAGCGAAGCAGAGUUCAUGUGCAGUCGGUUCCAAGGGGCACAACUGAUAAAAUUAAACAACACAGAAGAACAGAGAUGGAUAGCUAAAGUCAUCACUAGAAAAAGCUGGCUUGGCAGCCUGAGCUAUAAACUCCAGUCAAACUCCUGGAUCAUGCCUGAUGGAGAUAGAGCAGCGCCUCGUUGCAUUGUUGAAUAUUUUGAUCAGAGUGGACUGAAAGUUCUGUGCAAAUUGCAGCUGUGGUCUAAGGUGCCAGCUGCUUUUGGAAAAGGAAAUCCUUCAUAUUGA